CACCUUGUGGGGUGGAUCACCUUCCGUUCAUCAAUAAGAGGCUACAAACUUCCCCUGCUUUAAACUCUCAGUUUCACAAACUCACCUCAAGUUGACAGUGCAUUUCUGAACGGGAAGAGGGAGCAACUGAACAAAACAAUGGGUGUGUUACCACUAGUGCUCCUGUCGGGGUCGCUGUUUCUCUGCGGACGCGUUGCGGCCCUGUCCUCUGCUAUGGACGUCCUCAAACAGGACGCAGUUCAGUGGAAUGGGUCUCUAACCUGCAGCAAGUGGGACUGUGAUUGCCCUUUCUAUCGCCAACGUGGCUGCUGCUGCGCAGCCAAUGAAAUGUACCAAGUAGAAGAAGAGAGCUUCAAAAGGAUCAAAUAUUUGUGGCAGAAAAUCAUAUCCCUGAAUAGCAGCGUAAAUUCACUUUCAGAUGGUUUCAAGGUUUCCUUCAAGGCCACCAUGAUUCCAAAUAUGGCCAUCGAAAUUCCUGGAACCACUGAGCGUUGCUUUGGUCCUUUCAAUACCAACGUACCAAUCCCGUUCCCCCAAGUAACACUCAACUCUGGCAAUGGAUACAACCCCUCUAUGGGUGUCUUCACUGCCCUUUGCCCUGGUGUUUAUAUGUUUUCUUUUACCACCUUCUCAUCUGUUGGAGAGGGUGGACGCCUCUACCACAAAGUCCAGCUCAUGAAGAACGGCAGGAUGGUGGUCAGUGUGUGGGAGAACAAUCGAGAAGAUGCCGAGGACAGUGCCACUCAGGUUGUGGUAAUGGAGAUGCGGCGAGGCGAUCAAGUCUAUUUGGAGCUGUUGUCCGGGAGGAAGCUCUGCACAAAUAUGGAAUACAAUAUUUUCACCGGUCACAUUGUGUACCCCUACACUGUGUGACCAACCUACAGGACAUCAAGGGGUCCUUUGAAAUCCACUUGUCUUCAUACAACUAAGAGAAUAAAUAGAGAAAUAAAAUAACUGUUACUGCACCCAGUCUGUGAUCUACUGUCAGAAUUGUCCAAUAGCAUAAGAACCUGUGCUGUAGUCAUAUAUGUGAAUACAAACAGUGAUUUUGCAUAACAUGAAUAUUUUCAAAUAAAAAUGUAUUUUUGUGAAUACAUGACCAGAACAAUGCUGAGAGGCUGUGUAAAAACAAAACGUGACAUUUUGUUGAUUUGAAUGCAAUUAAAGGCUGUCUGAGA